AUGUUUACUAGUAACAGCUCUUCCAAUUCAAACCCCAUUUCCGAUGAGGUUAUUAGGUUAGCCACGAGUUACCCGAAGAAGCCUGCAGGGAGGAAGAAAUUCAAGGAGACUCGCCACCCGGUGUAUAGGGGUGUGAGAAAGAGGAACCUAGAUAAAUGGGUGUGCGAAAUGAGAGAGCCGUACAAGAAGACUAGGAUUUGGCUAGGGACUUUUCCAACCCCCGAGAUGGCUGCCCGUGCUCACGAUGUUGCUGCAUUGGCGCUUAGGGGCCGCUACGCCUGUCUCAAUUUCGCCGAUUCUGUAUGGAGGCUACCGAUUCCUGCAACCACUGACACAAAAGAUAUACAAAAGGCGGCUACUCAAGCAGCCGAGGCUUUCAGACCAGACAAGAUUAUAAUGACUAAAAAUGUUGACAAAGUUGUAGCCGUCGUGGCCACGGAAGAGCUGAGUAUGUUUUGCGUGGAAGUGGAAGAAGAGGAAGAAGAAGCAUUGAAUCUGCCAGAUAUGUGGAGGAAUAUGGCUCUAAUGUCCCCUACACAUAGUUUUGGGGAUCAUGAGUAUGAACAUAUUAAUGUACAAGACUUUCAAGAUCAAGAUGAAGAGGUAUCACUAUGGAACUACUAA